AUGUACAUCAAUGUCAUCAAUUCAUUCCGACUUCUGGACUCUCGAGGCGUGCUAUUGGAGAAAGUCGCGAUUCCAGUUCGAAGCUACCUUCGGAGUAGAGAAGACACGGUGUCGUCCAUUGCUGUCAGCUUUCUCGCGAACAGCCAUCAGCAGGAAGCCAGCAAGGACUCAGAAAAGGUGUGCUGGGACAUCAGCGAGGCUGUGGCCACUUCUGCUAUCGACGCUCAGGAUGACAGAAUGGUAAAUUGGAAUGAUAUGGAAUGGGUUCCUGAUCCAAUUGACGCCGGUCCGAAUUACAAAGCCUCUAAAUCGGACGAUGUCGUCGCAUACAUCCUGGCGCUAUUCGAACCAGAGGACUUUGUUAAAGCCUUCUCGCAUGCGCUAGGGCAGCAUUUGCUCGAAACGAAAGAUACAGAUCUGCGCCGCGACGAUUUGUACUUCCCUAAGCGCACACGUCUCCCUGCUGAGAAGUCUGGUCUCACGCCUCAGAAGAGACCUGAACCGAUCCACUUCGAGGCCAGAGUGCUUUCGAGCUACUUCUGGCCGCAGCUCAGAGAUGACCAGUUUAGAGUUCCACUACGCAUUCAAAAGCACAGACGCGCAUAUGAGCAGGCCUUUGCAGCCACAAGUGGUCAGCGAAGGAUCGUUUGGAAGCCUGCUCUGGACACGAUGGACAUUACUCUUGAUUUUGCUGAUCGGUCAGUACGCGAGGAGAAAAUCGAAGCAUGGAAGAUGAGUCUUCUUGACGCUUUCUCCAACGAGCGCGACGAGGAGGAUGGUGACCAGCCGGCCAAGUACGACGACGAUGAUGGCAUUGGCGUGGACGACCUCGUCGAUGCGCUUAAUAUGCCCGAAGACUACGUCCAGGGUGGCAUCAGCUACUGGCUUGGCCGGAAAGUGCUGUACGAGAAAUCUGCCGGCAAGUAUGCAGUAUUGGAUAGCCUGGACAUGGACGUUAGCAUGGUCGAAGAGCCAUCGCAACUCGAAGUCAACGUAGACAGCGGUGGAUUGGUGUCUGAACAAGCUAUGCUUCGCCAGAUGGCACCUACCUUCCAAACCUUCAUUCUCGAAAUGCUCCGCAAUCAAGGCACGAAGGAAAUUGGAGGCAUGUUGGGCAUCACCAAUAUGAUGAAGAUGGUCCUACCGACAUUCACCUAUGGAGAUGACGAGGUGAAAUGGUUGCUUGGUGACAUGGAAGGCCGCGGCGAGGUCGUGCAGAAGGGUGAAGCCUGGGCCGUGGCCAAGUGA